CGGAGCAUGGGCUCGUCUGCAACAGAUUUUAGAGAUUUUGGACCGAUUUGGACCAUUUAGGGUGGACCAAUCAAAAAAUUAUCAUAAACGGCACCGUUUCUGACCACGGCGCGUCUAAUGGUGAAGGUUUCAUUGAAAUCGGUCUAGUAGUUACUGAGCAUGGGCUCGUCUGCUAAUCUUGUCUGCUUUUUAGACACUCCCGUUCUUACUCUUCAACAACAACGAGCUCUUUCGAAUUGUUGUGGAUGUGGAGAGUACCUACUGCUGCAAGAUCAAUCAAAGAUGGUUGGGAGUGGUGGAUCAAGCCAGGACAUUGUUCCAGAAAGUGUGCAGAAGGCGGUGGCGGCGGAGAAGGCCUCUGAGAACGGCGCCAAAAAGUCGCGUCUGGACCUGCAGUCACUGCCGACACGUCAGUACCUCGAUCAGACGGUGGUGCCGGCGCUGCAGCAGGCACUCUCGGUGCUCUCCAAGGAGAGGCCACCCGAUCCGAUCGAGUUUCUGGCGACGUUCCUGCUGAAGAACAAGUCACAGUACGACGGCAGCUCGGGCGCCGGACCCUCGUAACGUCAGCACGAAACACCCCGCGGCCGCUGACCGGUGACCGGCGUGAUAGCUGGACCGGCUCGGACGGGACGCUCGGGAUUUGGUCGGCAUCACGUGAAGUAAGGAGGGGUGCGUUCCCACCACGCGCCGUGAGGGGAAGUCCCACCCGCUAUGUGAUGGGCUCAGAGACUGGACUGGUGCGGCGAUAGCUUGCAGUAGGCGCUCGCGAUGAAUUCGAACCGUGGCGACGAGUAUUGGAAAUGGCGUGCUCGUAAUAUCCGCUGGGCGGGAGUGCUGUGCCCGUGAUCAGCAGCUGAAGAACGUUUUUAGCCUUUGACACAAAUUUUCAAAUUUGACAAUGUGCUGCUGCGUGCCGUUUGAUCUCUUAACGUUCGACACUCGGUCAUGCCACGGCGAUUUUAACUCUUUGCGCCACCACUAGGGAUGAAUUCGGCCAUUUUAACGAGCAGUCUGUCUUGGGAGCGACCGGCCGGUUCGGCAUGAGUUAACUGAGUACCUGCGAUGAACUUUUGUUCUAUGUUGUCAAUAAAUUGUUUGUGUUUCGUAA